AUGACUGGAAACGGAGUCGACAAUGGAGAAGAUCUCUCGAGACCGUCGAGCAAUGUCUCCGAGACCAAGCUAAAUGCCUUGGAACAAAUCUGGCGCAACAACAAGGGCGUCUUUCUGAUUUUGCUGGCUCAAGCGACUGGAUCGACUAUGGAUGCCAUUGUCCGAUUUUUGCAGCAGGGAGGACAUGGAAUGCAUCCUUUCCAGGUCAUCUUUGCUCGUAUGAGCAUCACGGCCUUGCUUAGUACUUUGUAUAUGUGGUACACAAAAGUACCCGAUUUUCCGCUUGGAGCACCGGCUGUCAGGGGGUGGUUGAUUUUGCGAGCUCUCGCUGGAUUCUUUGGAUUGUUCUGUUUAUACUAUUCUGUUCAUUAUCUCCCUCUUGCCGAAGCAACGGUCUUCCGCUUCCUAGUACCAAUCAUCACAGCAUGGGCCUGUUCCAUCUUCCUCGGACAGAUCUUCAGUAGAACCGAGUUUCUAGCCGGAGUCAUCGCUUUGAUGGGUGUAGUCAUCAUCGCCCAUCCAGCCGCCAUAUUCGGCAGAGUAGACGACGACAUCGAACUUCCUCACCACCAGCCAAACAAGAUCGACGAAGUCUCUGCUGGACAGCGUCUCCUUGCCAUCUUUGUUUCUGUCAUUGGAGUCCUUGGUGCUUCUGCUGCAUACACUUUGAUCCGCGUGAUUGGAUCUCGCGCUCACGCACUCAUCUCGGUAAACUACUUUGCUCUGAUCAGCACUUUUGGGUCUGCUGGUGCUUUGCUCGUGCUCCCUGGUAUGGGCUUUGUCAUGCCUCGUGGAGCACGCGAGUGGCUACUUCUAUCCCUCCUCGGUGUCCUCGGCUUCGUUUUGCAGUUCUUGCUCACUGCUGGACUUCAACUCGAUAGAACCAGCAAGGCUACUAGUAUGUUGUAUACAGGCAUUCUGUUUGCUCUUGCUUUUGACUGGGCCAUCUGGGGUGUUUUUCCUGGCUUGUGGUCGUGUAUUGGAGGUGCUGUUGUCAUUGCUAGCACGCUCUGGUCUGCACUACAGAAGUCGAAGAAUGUUUCUCAGGGUGCUGCACCCAAGAAGGAAGUCAUUGAUGAGGAAAGUGCUCUUCUCGGAGCUCAGACGGAAAGUACUGAGGAUGCUGCUCGGGCAGGUGCGACUCGUGAGUCUGUAUAG